AUUAACACCAUGGCUUUGAAAUGGUGGCUCAACCUUCUGCUUACUCAACCAGAGGGAAAUUUCAAAAAUACCCAGAAGAAAGUUGUGAAGGAGGAGCAUGAAAAUGGAGGGUUCCAAAUGCCACUUCAUUAUCCAAGGUACACAAAGGAGGAUUAUGAGAAGAUGGAGGAAUGGAAGGUGGACUUGCUUUUGAAGCAAUAUGGCCUAAGUUUCAAGGGUAGCCUUGAGGAGAAAAGGGCUUACGCUAAGGGCACAUUUCUUUGGCCUGACCAACUUUGAGAGCUAGGCUUCUGCAUAAAAUUUCUUGAACGACUGUGUUGUGAAAAGUCUUAGUCUUUGUUGUGAUGUAAUGUAUAGUGAGAAUUUAGUAGUUAAAAAGGGUUCAAUUUUCUAACUCUUUUUUUGUCAC